AUGUUUAGGAGACAUCGCUUCAGUGUCGUAAGGACGUUUGUCUUCAUAGUCUGCAUCGUCUUCAUUGUGUCCUCCCUCCUGCAGUCCACCGGUCCCGAUGGAAUCAUCCGGCAGACUUCCCUCACUGGCCGGUUCUAUCCGUCAGCGGUGAACUUUCCUGCCUUGCGAUCGAAGGCGUUCUUACUGCAAGAGCAAUCGAGCGAGCAGGGUCAGCAGCAGACUCUAUCAUCGGCCGAGUACGACCACAAACAGUUCCUUCGUGCCCUUCUCGCUACCUGCACCAACACCCACCGCUCUCCAGCGGCUGCCAAAGUCCUCGCGAACGUCGCAGGCCUCAACGGCGUCGCAUCGCGAGCGAUCUUCCGCACCACGCACAACAAUGCGCUUGAUCAUCAGACUCCUCCGCGAUUCAACCCCAACAUCCUACCAUAUCCGCGAGGAGCCGUCCAUCCUUAUCUGGGUUUCGCUCAGCAAGCUCCCACGUCAAUCGGGCAGAACGAGCUGCCAAUGGGCCGGCACUCCAUCUUUUACUGCGAUAUGGACUGGGUUAUGUCGGAUCUCGCGGACCACAGACGCGAGCUUGUGUGUCAAGAUGCCGCCAUGAAACUUGACAUCCCGCCACCUGUUGCCACGACUGCCGGCGCAUGCACACAAAGGCCCGAGCUGGAAAACACCCGAGGCUUUGUUGAGCCCCGAGUGAUCCGUUCCCCUUCGGGCGAGCCUCUCUUGAUCGUGGGAUCAAGUUCUGUCGACAACUGUAUCUCUCAGUAUAUUGUCGAUCUGCGGACACUGAUCCCGGAUCUUGCCUCCAAGAUGAAAAUCAACGAGCUUUCCACUCCGAUCCGGUUCCGUGCGCUGACGAUGCUUCCCCGACCUACCAACUUCAGCGAGUCUGAGCACGACUACACGCUCUUGUUUGACUCUGUCAAUCAUAUCUUUGUCGAACAGAGUCUUGAGCCCCGAUCCAUCACCGCGCUCAGCACGCUUGACACCGAUGCUGACCAGGAGAAGGUCUUUGCGAUUGACAAUCCUGAGUCUUCUUUCAAAUGCUUUGCUUCCCUCCUCAAAAGAUCGUCUGAUCCGGCAAACCGUCGCACGUUCGUUCAGCAGGCGACCAACACCCUUCGCGUCACGCUUUGCGAGUGGCCUUGCGAGCCCACUAUCGAAAACACAGUUCUGAUUUCUAUCAUGCACGUCAAGUACCAGAACUUCGACAGCGUUCACUACCAGCGCCAUCUUGUCGCGAUGUCGCCCACCGCACCUUUCGAGAUUCUUGCACGGAGCUCGCCUUUGCACUACGCCGGCAUUGACGAGCGGGACAUGGUCUACACCUCUCAAAUUGCCUGGGACCAUAUGCAUUUCAGAAGUCACUCUACGGCGUCGACCGUGGUUGCCCCGUCUCGCGGCGAUUAUGCGACUGCAAAGAGAAGUGUUCAGCAAACGAACAGUCUUGUCAGUGACCACCAUCAUGGCUGGCUGGAUGAUACAAUCAUGAUCUCCAUCUCAAUCAACAACCAAGAGACCGCAGUGUUGCACAGCAGUAUCGCUGAUCUUCUUGGAUGUCUACAGCUGUGCUAG